AUGAAUAGUAAUUCGUCAAUACGAUCUAAUACAUUGAAGCAUUCAUUAUGUAAUAAUCUUUAUUCAUCAUUUGUAACAAGUACAUCAGAUUUAACAACAACAAUGAUGAUGAUGUUGAAUCGAAAAAAGGGAACAAAUUCAGCAACAACAACAAUAACGACGUCAACAACAACGACAACUGCAAUGACGAUGACAACAACAAACCAAAAAAACAACUUAUCAAUGAUAAUAGAACACAAACCAAUAUUUAAUCAUUAUCAGACUACUACUAAUAUUUUAUCGAUUAAUAAUAAUAAUAAUAAUAUAACUGAAAAUCAGUUGAAUCUUUAUAAAAAACAAUAUUCUCGUGAAUAUCAACGUUAUAAACGUGCAUCAUUACAAUAUCGUUAUGCGCAUGCAGCACGUGAACGUCAACGUGUAGCGGAAUUUAAUAAAGUAUUUAAAAAAUUACAUAGUUUAUUACCAAUUCAUAAUUAUUUAUCAUCAAAUCGACGUUUAUCAAAAUUGCAAAUACUUAAAUUAUGCUCUUCAUAUAUUUAUUAUUUGACUUGUUUACUUCAAAAUAAUAAUAAUAAUAAUAAUAAUAAUUGUCAUUAUUCGACAUUCAAUGUUCAAUAUUGA